AUGGAAAUUGUUUGGGAGGUGCUUUUUCUUCUGCAAGCGAAUUUCAUCGUCUGCAUUUCAGCUCAACAAAAUUCACCAAAAAUCCAUGAAGGCUGGUGGGCUUAUAAGGAGGUGGUCCAAGGAAGCUUUGUUCCUGUGCCCUCCUUUUGGGGUUUGGUGAACUCAGCUUGGAAUCUUUGCUCUGUUGGGAAAAGACAGUCACCUGUCAAUAUUGAAACCAGCCAUAUGAUUUUUGAUCCCUUCCUAACUCCUCUUCGCUUAAACACAGGGGGAAGAAAGGUCAGUGGGACGAUGUACAACACGGGGAGACACGUGUCCCUGAGGCUGGACAAGGAGCACCUGGUGAACAUCUCGGGGGGCCCGAUGACCUACAGCCACCGCCUGGAGGAGAUCCGCUUACACUUCGGCAGCGAGGACAGCCAGGGCUCAGAGCAUCUCCUCAAUGGCCAGGCCUUCUCUGGGGAGGUUCAGCUGAUCCACUAUAACCAUGAGCUGUACACAAAUGUCACAGAAGCUGCAAAGAGUCCUAAUGGGUUGGUGGUAGUUUCCAUAUUUAUGAAAGUAUCUGAAUCAUCAAAUCCAUUUCUAAAUCGUAUGCUUAACAGAGACACCAUAACGAGAAUAACAUACAAGAAUGAUGCAUACCUACUACAGGGGCUUAAUAUUGAGGAACUUUAUCCAGAGACAUCUAGUUUCAUUACAUAUGAUGGGUCAAUGACAAUUCCACCCUGCUACGAAACAGCAAGCUGGAUAAUAAUGAACAAACCUGUCUACAUAACAAGGAUGCAGAUGCAUUCUUUACGACUGCUAAGCCAGAAUCAGCCAUCACAGAUAUUUCUGAGCAUGAGUGACAAUUUCAGACCAGUCCAGCCUCUCAACAAUCGAUGUAUCCGAACCAAUAUCAACUUUAGUUUACAGGGAAAAGAUUGUCCAAACAAUAGAGCACAGAAACUACAGUAUAGAGUAAAUGAAUGGCUCCUCAAGUGA